CACAUGCCUGCUCUCAGACCAAGCUGUAUGUGACAUCUGAUGCUGAUGGGAGGUGUAGAGAGACUCUAACAACAGCUGAGUGGUUUUAAUCUGAAGAAGCCCAGCAAUUUGAUCCUAUAAUCCAGAUUUCCUUGCUUUAUUGAAACAACACACAUGUAAUAUGAAAGCUGAUUGUUAACUCUCAGCAAGACUAAAACCUUCCCACCAAAGACUCCAUCAAAGAAGGAAGACCCGGGAAAAAUUUUGGUUCUGAUUCACAAAGGCAACCGCACAGUGAGAGUUUUUUUGCAAUCAGCUGCUGAAACAUGGAAGCCAAAGUAUCCGAAGGAGGUCUAAAUGUAACACUGACUAUCCGCCUAUUAAUGCAUGGCAAGGAAGUGGGAAGCAUUAUUGGCAAGAAAGGAGAGACCGUGAAGAAAAUGAGGGAAGAGAGUGGAGCUCGUAUUAACAUCUCAGAAGGGAACUGCCCAGAGAGGAUUGUAACAAUCACGGGGCCCACAGAUGCAAUAUUCAAGGCCUUUGCCAUGAUUGCUUAUAAGUUUGAGGAGGACAUUAUCAACUCGAUGAGUAACAGCACAGCUACCAGCAAGCCACCUGUCACUUUGCGAUUGGUGGUACCAGCAAGCCAGUGUGGAUCCUUAAUUGGGAAAGGUGGCUCUAAGAUCAAAGAGAUCAGAGAGUCUACAGGAUCUCAGGUGCAGGUGGCUGGUGAUAUGCUGCCUAAUUCUACUGAGCGGGCAGUGACCAUCUCUGGCACCCCUGAUGCCAUCAUUCAGUGUGUGAAGCAGAUAUGCGUGGUGAUGUUGGAGUCCCCACCAAAAGGUGCUACAAUCCCUUACCGUCCAAAACCCGCCUCCGCCCCUGUCAUUUUUGCAGGUGGUCAGGCCUAUUCUAUCCAAGGACAAUACGCCAUUCCUCACCCUGAUGAGAAAAGCUGCCCUUACAUUCUUCUGAAGAAGCUCAAAACUUGAUGGGUCAAUCAGCAGGUAUGGAUGCCAGUCCCCAGGCAAGUACUCAUGAACUCACCAUACCCAAUGAUGCUGCAUAAUCGGACGCCAAGGAACCAAAAUCAAUGAAAUUCGACAGAUGUCUGGAGCACAAAUCAAAAUUGCCAGCACCAUGGAAGGGUCAGCAGAGCGUCAGAUCACCAUCACUGGGAGCCCAGCUAAUAUCAGCCUUGCACAGUACCUCAUCAACGCCAGGCUGACGUCUGAGGUUACUGGGAUGGGCGCGCUGUGACUUGGCCUUGGGUUUCCCUUCUGUGACCCUUUCUGACCACUGCUGACUGUGCUUCAUACAACCAUAGGAUUUAAUUCUUCAUUCUGUUUAAUCUCCCCUUCAAAAUGACCUUCACCUGUGCUAGAAAACUCAUAAUGACCCUGCAUUGGACUUGUGCACCCUGCUAAUGAAAUACAUAAAUACUGUAAAUGCUUUAUACCUGCAUCCAGCUCAGGCACCAAUACAAACAUGUCAGUGGUUAUUCCUACUUAUGUUACAGUGGGCAUGGGUGUCACUGCUGAAUUUUCAGCAUAAAGAUGCACAUUUACAGGAUGAAAUAAUGAAUGUAGCCUCCCAGCUGUGUGCAUAAGUGUUGCCAGUGUGGACAGAUUAAGAAGCAGCAGGAUUAUGGUUAAAUACAUGCUCAUUCCAUACCGUUGUGCCCUACUUGCAUUUUGUGUAUGAUAUUUGCAUGUACACAGACUAUGGGCUCCACAUGUCAUUCAGACUGUGGUUACAUUUGUACAGGCCCUGCGUGCUCAUUGUAUAAUAUAUGUAAACCAUAUGCCACUUUUGAGUGCAUAUAGGAUCCCUGCUUAUAUAGCAUUAUUGCUUCUUACAUGUACACUGGUCACUAUGAAAUGCUGUUAUUUUAGUCAUCUCUACACAUGCCAAAAAUGCUGCAAUUACAGGUGGUAGUCACAUACUAAGCAGUUCCAGGGUUCUGCCACAUGUGCACUAGUAACAAUUUCCUACAAAAGCUGCUGGAUACAGAAUUUAUUUUGUUCAGUUCUUUUUUCUUUAUAAAUAACACCCUAGGACUAUACAAACAGUUAUCUCUCUGCCAAAUUUGCCAGCUGUAAAUAUCCUCUCCAUCAGCUGAGAGACUAUUCACCUGAACUGUGUGCACAGAAUGUCUUGCCAAGAUUCUGUUCACACUAUUUACUCCCUCAUGUACAUAGAACACUGAACCCCCAAGUAUAGGGACUCCUAUCCUUCAAUCCCUGAACCACAUUUAUCGUACAUCAUCUUCUACCCUGGUCCUUCCCCUCUAUAUAUAUAUAUUCAUAUAUAUAUAUAUAUAUAUAUAUAUAUAUAUAUAUAUAUAUAUAUAUAUAUAUAUAUAUAUAUAUAUAUAUAUAUAUAUAUAUAUAAAUGAGGUUACUUCCCUCUGAUCCCAGCAGAAUUCUGACUUUAUGUUUCAUUGCUGGGGCGGCCUAGGCUUCUGGCGUUUCUCUUGUUGAAUGGAUCUUAGUUUAAUUAAGGAUGAAAAGUACAGUAAUGUCUUCUUGCUAGUGUGAGAUUAAUCAUGUGUAUGCUGUUGAUGAAAUAUUUAUUCAAAAUCUGAUGAUAUAUAUUAUACCAUUUGUGCUCA